UGUUCUCUAGAGAGAUGUUAUACGCGAUAAUAGCCGUGAGAUAUUUCUAAGGCCAAACGUUUUCACUUUGUUCACGCUUCUUUAAAGUACUUCCGUGUAAUUUUCCGCUCAAGCGACCACAGUCUGGGAUGCGUGGCCUUUAUUUGAGCCAGAUUCUUAACUCGAAAUGUGGUUCAAGCUUAGCUUAGCGGUCUGUCUGUUCCUGAUCAGCAAUGGGGUGGGAUCCACUGACUACUGCAGCGAUGAUCUCUGCCCGCCAAUGAGUAAGCACAUUGCCUGUGAGAAUUAUGGGGACUUUGACGAGAGCUGUGGAGCUGGAGCGGCCAUCUUAAAGUUUUCCAUGCAUCUCCGGGUCCAGCUGCUGUCCAGCUUAAACUCAUUCCGCAAUGGCAUAGCUCUGGGGAGAUACCCGCCAUUCCGCCCAGCCGCCAGGAUAACCACCUUGCGAUGGAACGAGGAGUUGGCAGGGCUGGCCAAGUUCGCCCUGCGAGGCUGCGAUAAUUUGCAGGAGUACUGCAGCAAUGCGAACGCGUUCAAAUAUGUUUCCUACAUAUAUGGGAGCACUCGAUGGGUGCACCAUGAGAAGACAGCAGAGUCGGUUCUGCAGUAUGUGCUGAAGUUCUGGAUUGACGAUAACAAGAGGCCGCCGAAAGAUGGUAAAUGCCGCGGCUACUUCACCCAGCUGGUUCAAGACCAAGUAGACAGCAUUGGCUGUGCGUUGAUUGAGCGGCAUGCCGGUAGUGGUAGCCAGCACUUUUACGCAGUACUCUGCCAGUUCUCGCGGGGAAAGAUUACCAGCCAGCGAGUGUACGAAGAGAGUUCGCACCCGGGCGAACGGUGCUCUUCUGGCACACAUGCCACCUCCCAGGGUCUCUGCUCGCCCGAGGAGCAUGUCAAUGCGAAUGCUCUGCAAUUAGCCACCCUCCAUUGAAUCGGUCUAACCGAUAGCACUGAAUAAAAAAAAAAAAACAAAUUAGCUUGAUCCGCGAUCUGAGUUAUACGUGCCACGCUGGCGAUGAUAAACGGAAGGUGCUACCGAAUGAUUUGCCCACUACUUCUGCUCUCAGUGCUGUUCCUCGCAGCCGAAGGAUUUCUUGAAGAGAAGCCCACGGUGGCGAGCAAGACCCGAUCUCUGCUCACCUCAGAUGAACCAUGUGGGCUGCAUUGGGACCAAGGAGUUCGCCCCGGCCUGUGGCAAGGGAAAUCGUAUCAUCUUUGUGAACGGCGGCCUGAGGCAGAGCAUUCUCCAGAGCAUAAAUAUCAUGCGGAACUACGUGGCCAGUGGGGUGGGCAACUUCUCGGUGGCCGGCCGCAUGCCCACCAUGAGGUGGGACCCCACUCUGGAGAGGUGCUGGUGCGUCAGUGCGACAUGGAGGGCAAGUACUGCGCAAACACUGAGAAGUAUCACUAUGUGGCCACCACCCAGCUGAGCGGCACGAUGGAGAGGCGCAGCAAUGUCGCCCGUCGUGUGGUGAACAAGCUUCUGCCCACAUUAUAACAUGUUCUUUUAGGCUGCCACAUG